AAAUGAUUGAUCCUAGGAGGAGGCUGACAAGACCUUUGUACCUUAAUUCAGCAGGUUUGACCUUUUAAGAACUGACAGAGCCAUGGCAACAGAACUGCCAGCCACUAUAUAUGAUGUUGAGACUCCGUGUGCACUUGUGGACAUCGAUAGAGUGAAGAAAAAUGUCCAGAGGAUGAUAGAUAACUGCACAAACCUCGGCGUCGAGUUAAGGCCGCACAUGAAAACACAUAAAACUAUUGAAGGGGGUGAGUUGAUGACAGCUGGAACAAAGAGGAAGAUUGUUGUGUCCACCAUUGCGGAAGCUGAGUUUUAUGCAGAUGGCGGUUUUGAUGACAUCAUUUUUGCUAGCCCAAUGGUGAAGGAGAGGAUUAGCAAGAGGGUGAUAUCCCUGGCAACGCGUCUAGAAGCAUUCCAUGUGAUGGUUGACUCAGUAGUUGGGAUGCAGGGCGUUAUUGACACACCAUUAGAUGGGGAUAAAAAAUGGAAUGUUUUCAUGGAAGUGGACUGUGGCUAUGGCAGAACUGGAUGUGUGUGGGACAGUGACGACGCUCUGAUGAUAUGUCGUAAGGCAGCAGCUGCGGAACAUGUCAGGUUUCAGGGCCUAUAUAACCACUGCGGGAAUACGUACGUGCCGGACAAGGACCAAAAGUCACAAAUACAGCUUACAACUGUUGACAGGCUGGUUGAACUGAAGAAAAGGUUGGAAGCAGAUGGGAUACCAGUUCCGAGGUUUGGUUGUGGGUCGACCCCCUCAUGUAGUCGACCAAUCAACAACAUGGGCGUGUUGACUGAGUUUCAUCCUGGAAAUUACAUCUUCUAUGACUACAUGCAGGUGCUAGUGGGAUCAUGCUCAAUGGAUGACAUUGCGAUGAAGAUUGUGACCACAGUGAUCAGCCACAAGCCUGAGGUUGGUACUCUUGUGGUUGACUGCGGAUGGAACUGUAUCAGUCAGGAUGGAUGUGAACGCCCCAAAGAUACAUUGCCCCUAGGAUAUACACCUAUUGUGGACCAUCCUGAACUCAGAAUGCGGGCCAUGACACAAGAGAUUGGUAAGAUAGAAGGGAACGGGGAAGCAAUUGACUACAGCAAGUUUCCCCUGGGGACCAGACUGUACUUAUACCCACACCAUUCGUGUGCCACAGCAGGGCUGCAGCCUAAGUACUAUGUACAUUCCGGUGACAAAAUCCUCGAUAUCUGGAUCCCAAACAGGGGCUGGUAGCUACAUGUACAUAAAAACGUAGAGAACAGUCCUAUUAACUUGUAAAUUAAAUUUGCAGUGCUUUAAAAAGCUUUUCUUUUUAGCUACACUUUCUUUAUACAAGCUUCGCUAAAGCUAUGUUUUUUCUCUUAAAAGCUGUGUCUUUUCUUCACAGCUGCCCUUUUUGUAUAAGAAGAUGCGUUUUAUUUUAAUGAAAGCUGACUUUUUUUUAAGCUUCUGUGCUGCAUCAUUUUUAUUUAGUAAUGGAUAAAAUUGUCUCUAAGAAAAAGCUGUGUCUUUUUUUUCAUUAAAUGUGUCGAGUUUUCCAAAUUUCAUGUUGAGCUUUUGGAGAAAAGAUGAAGGUUAAUUUUGUGAAAAAAUAUUAAUUCACUAUUCCAGCUUCUGAUAAUUAAUUUCUUACUCAGUUUAAUUGAAAAUAAACAUGAGAUAUGUCAUUUAUUUGAGGUAAAAAUGUGUCUAAAAAUUGUGCUUGUUUAAUAUCAUUUUCCUUUCUAAUGUCUUUAAAAAUGUGUCCCAUUCCUCUGACAGGUGCAGCAUUCAAAUUCGUAUUUUUAUUUUUAUCCAAAAGAUGCGCUUCUUGUCGAAACGCACAUGAGCUGUGCUUUUUAGGGGCCAAUUCGGCUUCGCUUUUAGCUGUUCUGUGCUUAUAGCAGAGUUUUUUUUGGCUCGGGUGCCCUCUCACGAAAUUGGUGCUGUUUCUGGAAUUAUUAAAAAAAUGUAGCAUGUUGUUUGUUUGUUAAGUUUAGAAUAUUCACUCAGUCAAUCAGUAGUAAACACUGGUUGCAUAUAAGAACUGUCAGUAAGUCAACCAAGGCAUUAAGAAACAUACCACGGACCUAUAAACCAUUAGGUCCAUGAUAAUACUGGCACUUAAAUGUUAAUGGGUAAAUGCUCCUUUUUAUAGAAUGAUGUAAUGCUAUUGCCACUGUUUUGUGUGACCUGAAAAAGCGACAUAUACUUGUUAUGUUUUUGUUUUGGCAGCAGGGUCGUAGGUGCCCUCAGCUCUUAACGUUGUGCUCACAAUACUAAAAAUUAAAUGAUAUGGUAUAAUUGCCUCAAGGUCUCCAGAGUACAGUGUAAAUGCUGUGUAGACUAGCUCAAGUAUUCUUAUCCAAUCAUCCUAAAACCUAUUGACUGUGUUUGUUUACAACUGAUAACACCACAAUUUCCCAUCAUGAUGAAACUUGGUGACAAUGCCCGUCAAUUUCAAGCAGAUGAUUUACCACAGUUACACAAGAUGUAUGCCCCUUUUACAGUUGGUUUAUUUCUUGUGUUGCUAUAAUCAGAAAAAAAGUUUGUUUUCAACACAAUUUUUGCUCCUUUAGCAUGUACAUGAAAAUUUGUAUUAUAUUUGGUUUGACAAUGUUGGCGUUCUAUUCUGGUGAACAUCCGUUGCCAUUGAUAUGUAGUUACAGUACAUUGUUAUUUAUUACAAUAGUUAUUAAUAACACUCCGGUGCCAUAAAUUGAAGUUAUUAUAAAUUAAUAUCACAGUUCUUUUAGUAAUUCUUAUAAAUGCAUAAACAUGUAUAUAUUUACACAUGCCAUGAUUUUAUUAUAGUCUUAGGAAACAUGACUUUUAUAUUGUUUUGAAGUCAUUGUUUAUUUUAAUAUUGCACUCUGAUUUAAUUAGCUUCAACGAAGGUGAACGAUGUUACAAUUAUCAACAAGUCCUUUUUACAACUGUUUGUUGUUGAUAAAAUCGCUGUUACACUAAAUCGUCGACUGCAGAAGAUUUUACUUUUUUAAAGUGUAAUUAAAAUUAAUUGAUUGUAUGUUUCUGGUGUAUAUGCUGCAACGCUUGCAUAUUUCCCAAGGAGUGCUACCCCUGCUUCAUGGAACCUGCUCGUGUCCCCCCUGUGUGUAUACAGCAUGAACGAUCCAUUGCUUUACUGUAUUCACAUGUACCAAAUUAAAGUGUACAUCGUUGUCAUUGGAUCUUCCAUACUUUAAUUAUUUAAGAUGUUAUUUUUGUAAACAUUUAUAUUAAGUUGUAAACAAUGUAUUAUUCAAGACUUUACAUAUAUAGUAUGUUAUGUACACAUUUGAUUGUGAACAAUUCGUCAAAUUCUAUAUGUAAUUCUAUCUAUGAUCUAAUUAUUAACACCUGAAAACUUUCACUGCUAUUUUCUUAUUAAUUAUUGUUCGAAAUGUAAAGCAGUUGAUCAAUUAUAUGCAUCAUUAAAUAUGAAAAUAAAAUCACUUAAGAAUUACAUAUUAUUUUAAGUGUUAUUUGCGUUGUGACAAUUAAUUAAAGACGUCUUGUUAUCUGCAUAUUUGGAUUUGUUGACCAAUUUAUAUAAUUGUUAUAGCCGCUAGCUGUAAGUAGAUCACUGUUGGAAUAAAUAAUAAACAAAUUGAAUCCAAUAUAUGUAAAUGCUUUCACUGUAUUAACGAAAGGGAAAAGAUUGUUUAGUUUUUCUUGCCGAUCCUCAUUAAGUCAGAUGGUAUAACUGCCUACUAGUUCUAGGGACUUUAUUUGCUUCAAUAUUCAAGGUUAAGUGAAUGAUUUCAUAACAGACAACAAGCCCGCUGUUUACCAUGUCUAUCACUACUCAGUUGAAGGCCAUGCACUUCCAUUUCUCCGUAUCUUCCAUAGAACUUACCUGUAGACUGUAAAGCCUGGCCACCGGGAAUAGCGGUCUGUAACUACAAGGCGUAAUAUAUUUUUUGUUAACUCAGGUUUCCCGAGGUUUGCACCUUGUUUAUUUUCUGACCGUUAUUUGUUUUCUCCCUGCACAGGCAAGGCGCUAAAGUGAACCAAGACAAAAUGUCGACGAUGUGUAAAUAAAAUAAAGACACAACUUCACUAUAACAAUAUUUUAUUCCGUCUUAUAACACCCUCUAUUUGUUGGCAGUGAAAUAGGAAUCAAACAUCAGUUGAUAUAUUGUUGAGGUUCUAAACACAGGUCAUACUUAAAGUAAUAAUGCUAGUAAUAAGCGUUUCUUUAUAUCUAACGAUGCAUAUAUUUGAUCAACUGCUAUGAAUAUAAUUUAUUUUAUUUAUUUAUUUUUGCGGUGGGGGGAAGGGGUGUCUCACCAAAAGUAUGAUAUAUUACGUUUGAUCCUGUUUCCUUAAUUCUGUAAUAGGAGUUGUAUUAGCAAUAGCGAGUCUGAAUAUAUAAUGUAUUUUUUUA